AUGACGGACUCAAAGUAUUUUACAACAACCAAGAAAGGUAAUCCAUAAUGCUUUGAAAUAUAAUUAAAAAAUAUAUUAUUUUAGGUGAGAUCUUCGAGCUCAAGAACGAGUUGAAUUCCGAGAAGAAGGAGAAGAAACGUGAAGCUGUAAAGAAGGUUAUAGCUAGUAUGACAGUUGGCAAAGAUGUUAGGUAAGUUUUGACAGUGUUUUUAAUUGUUUUUGGCUUUUAGUGCUCUUUUUGCGGACGUGGUCAACUGCAUGCAGACAGAUAAUGUUGAAUUGAAGAAGUUGGUGUACUUGUACUUGAUGAACUAUGCCAAAAGUCAGCCAGACUUGGCCAUUAUGGCUGUUAAUACUUUCGUCAAGGUAGGGAAAGGCAAUUUUGUUUGUGAAUGGUGUUAUGGGGAAAAAACGGAUGUUAUAGUAGAGGUUAAUAAAAGUUUUUGGAGUUUUUAAAAAUUUAGAUGUUUUUGACGAAGGUUAGAUGAAUCGUUGAAUUUUUUGGUUAAAUAAGUUUAUAAUAAUGCUGUUUUUACUUGUUUUAGGUAACAAAUUUUUGCAAUUUAUUAAUUUUGUCUCAUUUCAUAUUACCCAUCACAUUUCAGGACUGCGAAGAUCCAAACCCUUUGAUCAGAGCUUUGGCAGUCCGCACAAUGGGUUGUAUUCGAGUAGACAAGAUCACAGAAUACCUUUGUGAACCUCUACGCAAAUGUAUGAAGGACGAGGAUCCAUAUGUAAGAAAGACGGCAGCAGUUUGUGUGGCCAAGCUGCACGAUAUUAACCCUCAACUGGUUGAAGAACAAGGUUUUGUCGAACUGUUGACUGAGUUACUCAGCGAUGCCAACCCAAUGGUUGUUGCAAACGCUGUAGCAGCUAUUUCGGAGAUUAACGAGACUCAUCCGCUUAUUGAGAUCAACGGUAGCACGGUUAACAAGUUGCUGACAGCUUUGAAUGAAUGUACUGAAUGGGGACAAGUGUUUAUCUUGGACGCUUUGGCUAAUUACCAACCGAAAGAUGAACGAGAAGCUCAAAAGUAAGAAAUUUUUGUUAGUUUUUGUGUUUUUAGGUAUCAACUGGCGUCAGGAGUUGGUGAAUUAUGUUAUACUUGACAUCAAUUAGUGUAUAUUGUUUAAAGAUCACUAUAACUAUGUUGUUUUAGCAUCUGUGAACGUAUAACUCCACGAUUAGCUCACGCAAACGCUGCUGUUGUUUUGUCGACGGUUAAAGUGCUGAUGAAGUUGAUGCAGUUGUUGCCAGAGAACGGAGACUUUAUUCAACAGCUGAACAAGAAGUUGGCUCCACCAAUGGUCACAUUGUUGUCCGCUGAACCUGAAAUUCAAUAUGUGGCGUUAAGAAACAUCAAUUUAAUUGUGCAAAAGAGGUAAGGAAGAUUUCUUAAGUUGGUGUUGAGAUAUGAGAGUUUUAUGAUAUUAUUCAUGAUAUAUAAUUUUUGUGAUUUUUGAGGGAUAAUUGAUUUUACUCGAAGUUUUUGGAGAUUCCUUGGAUGUUAACAUGAUAUUUAGAUAAAGUGCGAUGUUGUAGUUAAUAUAAACUUAUAUUUGCAGACCAGACAUCCUGAAGCAAGAAAUGAAAGUCUUUUUCGUCAAGUACAACGACCCAAUCUACGUUAAAAUGGAAAAAUUGGACAUUAUGAUCCGUUUGGCUCAAGCAAACAACAUCUCCCAAGUACUGUCCGAACUCAAAGAGUACGCGGCCGAAGUUGAUGUAGAUUUCGUACGAAAAGCGGUCCGAGCUAUCGGCCGAUGCGCCAUCAAGAUCGAACAAUCUGCCGAGCGAUGUGUUACCACUUUGCUGGAGCUAAUCCAAACCAAAGUCAACUACGUUGUUCAAGAAGCGGUUGUCGUUAUCAAGGACAUCUUCAGAAAGUACCCUAACAAGUACGAAGCCAUCAUCUCUACCUUAUGUGAGAAUCUGGACACUUUGGACGAGCCGGAAGCUCGUGCUUCAAUGAUCUGGAUCAUUGGUGAAUAUGCGGAGCGAAUCGACAAUGCCGACGAGCUUCUGGAGUCAUUCGUCGACGGAUUCCACGACGAAAACACCCAAGUCCAGCUGCAGCUUCUAACCGCCGUGGUUAAGUUGUUCCUGAAGAGACCAUCUAAUACUCAACAGCUUGUCCAACGUGUUCUACAGCUGGCUACACAAGAAUCCGACAACCCAGACCUAAGGGACCGAGGCUACAUUUACUGGAGAUUGCUUUCGGCUGAUCCACAAGCGGCCAAAGAAGUUGUUUUGGCUGAAAAACCAUUGAUCAGCGAAGAAACUGACCUUCUGGAGCCAUCUUUGUUAAGCAAGUUGGUCUGUCAUAUUGGAAGUUUGGCUUCGGUUUAUCAUAAACCACCACAUUCUUUUAUCGACCCCUCCAAACAUAGUCUGGGAUUGGCUAACAGCUCUAGCAAGUAGGUUUUUAAUUGUUUUUUUGAAACUAGGUAAUAUUUCGUUGAAUUUUGAGGUUUUUAGGCAAUAUUUUGGUGAGUUUUGGGGGUUUUUAAGUAAUAUAUGGACUAAUUUUGAGUUUUUAGGUAAUACGUGGUUGUUUUUUUAAAUUUUUGGGUAAUAUUUGAAUAAAAACUACUAAAAACGACAUUUUAGUGACGAUUCCGCUUCCGGAAUCAACAUCUCAGCUGGCUCCAACGGCGGCAUUCUCAACACCCAGCCCACCGUAAUCCCAGCCCAAGCUUCAAUCGUAGCCGAUCUCCUCGAACUAGACUUUGGCGGCCCAGCAGCACCACCAGCUCCAGCUGCCCCAGCCCAAAACGCACCAGUCGAUUUACUGUUUGGAGACGCCCCAUCAGCAACAGCCACUUCCACUGGCCUCGGAUUGGACGAUCUUGGCCUAGGAUUGGGUGGCUUGAACCUGGGUGGUACUACUCCAGCUGUACCAACUGUACCAGCGGUUUCAAGCAGUACUCCCGUUAAUACUGGAGCCGACUUGUUUGGACUAACCUUGGGCAGCGAAUCGACUGGUAGUGGAUGUUAUGUACCACCGAAAUGGGUAGGGACUGGACUUUGAAAAAUUUUGAAAUUAAAAAAAAUUAAAUUUUGAAAAAAAAUUCAAUUUUCAGACCUGGCUCGACGCCACAAAGGGCAAAGGCCUUGAGAUUCAGGGAACGUUCGCACGUCGGAACGGUAUAAUCCAAAUGGAAAUGACCUUCACCAACAAAGCCAUGCAGCCAUUGUCGGACUUUGCCAUCCAGUUCAACACCAACUCAUUUGGACUCACCCCCUCGUCCCCAGUCCAGCUGAGAAUGUUGUCGCCAAACGAAAGCUCCGAAGUCAUUGUAACGUGCGCUACGACCGGUGGCGUCGCCAAAAUGGAGCCAUUGACCAAUUUGCAGGUAUCGGUUUGGUUUUUUUUUGGCUGUUUUUUGAAGUUUAGGUCUUAA